AUGGAUUCAGAACUCAAACAGAGAAGUCUUGCUGUGAAUGUUUUGGAGCCAUGUAUCCUUGUCACAAUUACAAUGGUGUGCCUGAUUGGAAACAGCCUUAUAUGCAUAGCCGUGUACAGAAAUGCAAGGCUCCGUGCGUCCACAAACCUCUACAUAGCUUCUUUAGCUAUCAGUGAUAUCAUCAACGCAGUCAUUGUGAUGCCUUUAACUUUGGGUGUCCUUAUUACAGGGAAAUGGCCAUUCGGUGAGGCAGUCUGCGAUUUCCACGCCUUCUUCACCCUGUUUUCUAUUUACGUAUCCCCAACCACGAUGGGACUGACGGCCUUCAACAGAUACGUCCGCAUCGUUAAGCCUCAACACUACUCACGAAUCUUCACUGAUUCUCGAUCAAAAGUAUAUGUCGCAGCAGUUUGGCUGACUGUCGCAGGGUACAUUUCAAUUCCCAAGAUGGCAGGCUUGACUAAAUAUCGCUUCUUCGCUGGAUAUGCCGCUUGUAUCGUUGAGCAACCCACCACAGCCAUCAUGAUAGUUCAGCAUAUCAUUGCCGUCUUGUUUUUCUUUCUUCUUCCACUCGGUGUUGCAUUAGUUUCCUACUUCAAGGUCUUCCAGAAAAUAAAACAUCACAAUAUGAACAUGGCUUCCACGGCCCACGCCGAGGGCAGGGAAAAUCGAUUGACUGUCAAAGAGAUCAAGCUUACCAAAUCACUCGCCAUUGUUGUGUUCGCCUUUUUAUUAUGUUGGAUUCCAUUUUGGAUCAUUGUGAUGAUAAAGCGCUUCGCUUCUGAUGUUGUCGUUCCACGUAACAUCCAACUUCUGUGUACAUUUUUGACGUUUUUCUCGAGCACUAUAAACCCAUUUAUAUAUGCUGGCAUGAAUCCCUCCUUCCGCGCCGAGUUUCGUCGAAUUUUGCUCUGCAAAGUAAAGUCAUCACAACUCUGUGAGGAGCCUUGUUGUCCAAAAGAGGUUGAGUUAAAGAAAAUAUUAGCGAGAAGCGCCCGUGGCACAGAAAAUCAGGAAGAAGAGGGAAGUACCUUAGUCAGGGACCGGGCGGUCAACGUUCGGAUUGAACCAAAAGCAAAGGAUCUCAGUAAAAAGAUAUCAAUUUAA